CUUGGCAAAACCUGGGGGCAAGCCGGGCGCUCCUAGCUCCCAGUGCUCCCAGAGUCCCCAGCUGCGGGCAAUCCCGGCACAGCGGGAUGGAAAACCGGAUCCCGCACUCGAGCAGGCGCCAUCCGUCAGUAUCCAUCAAUGAUCCCGUGUGGCAUCUGCCGGCCCACGGCACCGGAUCGGGUCGGGACGGGUGUGAACAAUGCUCCCCGGUAUCGCGGAGAAGAAAUGGGAGUCGAUCUUCGAAAACAUUCAAACCCAAGAAGAACAUUCCCGAAGGCUCCCAUCAGUAUGAACUCUUGAAACAUGCGGAAGCGACUCUGGGGAGCGGUAACCUUAGACAAGCGGUUAUGUUGCCGGAGGGAGAGGACCUUAACGAGUGGAUCGCCGUUAACACGGUGGAUUUCUUCAACCAAAUCAACAUGCUGUACGGGACCAUUACGGAGUUCUGCACGGAGGCGAGCUGCCCGGUCAUGUCCGCAGGACCAAGGUACGAGUACCACUGGGCGGACGGCACCAACAUAAAGAAGCCGAUCAAGUGCUCAGCUCCGAAGUACAUCGAUUACUUGAUGACGUGGGUGCAGGACCAGCUGGACGACGAAACGCUCUUCCCUUCAAAGAUCGGCGUCCCUUUUCCCAAGAACUUCAUGUCGGUGGCCAAGACGAUCCUGAAGCGGCUGUUCCGCGUGUACGCCCACAUCUACCACCAGCACUUCGAUUCCGUCAUGCGGCUGCAGGAGGAGGCCCACCUCAACACCUCCUUCAAGCACUUUAUCUUCUUCGUGCAGGAAUUCAACUUGAUUGACAGGCGAGAGUUGGCUCCUCUGCAGGAACUGAUUGAGAAGCUGGGCUCCAAGGACAGAUAGACUUUCCCCGGGAGGACCCUUUCGGCCGCUCCUUUCCGCUUUGUACGCCAGCCACUUCUACGCUUCGCCUUCAGCGACGCAAGCCCGAGCUGCCAGACAGUGCUCCGACUGCCAUCGGUCUCAGAGGCCAAGCAUCGCUUCUACUGUGCCGCAGCCUGUGGUGGUGGUGGUCUAAAAGUCGUGGGCUGCGCUGUGCUGACUUGCCCUGUGUAGCCCACUCGGUUUUCUAGGCUGUGUGCUCGAGUCUGGCAAGAACUGCAGUCUGGUUGAGGACGGGACUCGUGAUUCAGAGCAGGUUUAAGUUUCCUGCGGCCACGGGGUGAAGUUUGAGUGCUGCGCUGCUGCUUUCUACUCUCGGGGGCAAAGUUUUCCUCUGGACCCCACAGACACAGCGCUUGGCCUGCGAGCGACCCGACCGAGCCCAGGGCAAGAGCAGAGGGGCUCAGCUUAUUUUUGGAAGUGCUUUUUUGUGGAUAACCGGUGCACUUGAGCCUUCAAGCUCCCCUGGGUGGUGGCAGCGGCAGGAACAAAGUGCCUGGCCCAAGGCGGGGAGCCAGUCCCUGCCUGGGCUGGAAGAGCAGCUCUCUGGUGUGUGCAGAGGACGAGGGACCCUCCCUACUGUGGUGUGGCAAGGCAAUAAUAAAGUUUCUCCUUCCUGCUCUUCUUUCA